AUGUCCAUGAGACGUUCAUACUUGUCUCCUCUGCACUUCCGUGAACUACAACUGGGCUUCAGCAUCGCAGGCGGGACGGACAACCCUCACAUUGAGGACGACUCCAGCAUCUUCAUCACCAAGAUCAUCCCUGGAGGGGCGGCCGCUCAGGAUGGUCGGCUGCGGGUGAGCGACUGCAUCUUGCGCGUCAACGAGGUGGACGUCCGGGACGUGACGCACAGCAAAGCCGUGGAGGCCCUGAAGGAGGCCGGCUCCAUGGUGCGCCUGCACAUCAAGCGGCGGAAGCAAGUCACGGAGAAGAUUGUGGAGAUCAAGCUGGUCAAGGGCCCCAAAGGGCUCGGGUUCAGCAUUGCCGGCGGGGUCGGGAACCAGCACAUUCCUGGAGACAACAGCAUCUACGUCACCAAAAUCAUCGAAGGUGGCGCAGCACACAAGGACGGCAGGCUCCAGAUCGGAGACAAGCUCAUGGCCGUGAACACAGUCUGCUUGGAGGAAGUGACCCACGAAGAGGCCGUGACGGCCCUCAAGAACACCUCCGACCUGGUCUACCUGAAGGUCGCCAAGCCCACCAGCAUGUUCAUGAACGACAGCUACGCCCAGCCCGCGGACCUCGCCAACUCGUACUGCCAGCCCAUGGACAACAACCACGUUGGGCCCCCCUCGGGCUUCCUGGGCCAGACCCCUCCGCCAGCGCCUUCGCCCUCGCCCGGGAGGUACUCUCCGACCCCCAAGGGCAUGCUGGGAGACGACGAGGUCACCAGGGAGCCUCGGCGGCUGGUGCUCCAGAGGGGCUCCACGGGGCUCGGCUUCAACAUUGUGGGCGGCGAGGACGGGGAGGGGAUCUUCGUCUCCUUCAUCCUGGCCGGGGGACCUGCAGACCUGAGCGGGGAGCUCCGCAAGGGGGACCGCAUCAUUUCGGUGAACGGUGCUGACAUGAAAGCAGCCACCCACGAAGAAGCAGCCGCUGCCUUGAAGAAUGCGGGCCAGACGGUCACCAUUGUGGCCCAAUACCGCCCAGAAGAAUACAGCCGCUUUGAGGCCAAGAUCCACGACUUGCGGGAGCAGAUGAUGAACAGCAGCAUCAGUUCGGGGUCCGGCUCCCUGCGGACAAGCCAGAAGCGCUCCCUCUACGUCAGAAAGGUCUUUGCAGGCGUGGAGGCGGAGGGCACCUUGGCCAAGCUUCCCUGGGCAGAGCCUCCAGUUGCAAGGCAUUGA